UUUUUUUUUUUUUUUUUCAUCGGACGCUUCCCAAAUUUGUUGUUUCUUUUUUUAUUUAUUUACUAUGAUACAGAGCCAAUAACAAUGUGGGUGAAAGCGAUCAGCUGUAGUUCAACGGAGAACAGCGUUGCAGUAUCGCUUCACGCCAAUGAACAAAGUCUUUAUAUUGUUUGGAUUCACGAUAAUCCUGUCGUCCGAUCAUCGAUACAAUGCCAGUAACAGGUUUUGCAGUAUAUACAGUGGGGGGCGUGUCCUUUGCAGCCUUGGCUUGUCGUUUGCUUGAUGAAGAUGAUUUAUGCUGUUUUUGUUCUGCAUCUUCUUCCUCUUCUGCUUCUGUUUCUGCUUCUCCUUGUCCUUCCUUUCCUUCAUUGUCCUUCGCUGAAUUGGCUUUUCUUUUUUUACUUGUCCGAGCUGUUGCUGGCUUGGUGUUUGUUUCUUCCUUUGCUGUUCGUCUUGAAGGUCGAGGAGGUCGUCGCGACGUGGUGUUACUUUUGAGCUCAGCGAUCGACGUGUCACACACGUCUUUUAUCACCUUGAUGCUCUUAUUCAGUUCUUGUAAACUACAUGAACAAAGCGCAUGCAGCUUGGAUUUAUCCAAGGUUUCCUAGAUCAAAACAACAUAUGGAUCAAUAUAGAGGUUUUAGGUGAAUCACAGACAUGCACAGUUAAAUCUUACGCCGAAUGCUUUGGCACACACG